AUGUCUGCCGAUCUGAAGCCCCUCCGCAUCGUCAUGGCCUGCGACGAGGCCGGUGUCCCCUACAAGGACGCCAUCAAAGCCCAGCUGGAGAAGAACCCGCUGGUCGAGUCCGUCACGGACGUCGGCGUCAACUCCACGUCUGACAAGACCGCCUACCCUCACCCCGCCGUGGAGGGUGCCAAGCUCAUCAAGGAGGGCAAGGCGGAUCGCGGUCUUUUCAUCUGCGGCACCGGACUGGGCGUCGCCAUCGCCGCCAACAAGGUGCCUGGUAUCCGUGCCGUCACAGCCCACGAUCCUUUCUCCGUCGAGCGCUCCAUCCUCUCCAACGAUGCGCAGGUCCUCUGCAUGGGUCAGCGGGUGAUUGGCGUGGAGCUGGCUAAGAAGCUGGCCGCCGACUGGCUUAACUACCGCUUCGACCCCAAGAGCGCUUCCGCCGCGAAGGUCCAGGCCAUCACCGACUACGAGACCCAGUUCCAUGGCACCGCCUAA